GCAUGAUGAGCUCUGAGUCAGUCCACAGCUGGCUCUCCAGAGCACCCCAUAACCAUACAAACUGGGACAGGAGAAAGGAGGCAGAAAGCAGACGGCUCUCCUACCAGGACCAGCAUGAGAGUAAGAAUGAAGGCGCUUCCACUUUGGCUUGUAACAUGCACAGCUGUUUCUAGCGCUCUUUCCAUCCACCCAGAGACAGACAAUGAAGAUGAUGCAAAGCUCGUACAGAACUAUUUGAAUAAUUUCUAUGCUGUUGAGCCAGAUCCAAAUCAACUUGGAUGGAAAACAAACGCUGAAUCCACAGAUGAAAAACUUCAGAAAAUGCAACAAUUUUUUGGUUUGAAAGUGACUGGAAAACUGGAUAAUGAGACGUUGGAAAUGAUGAAGAAACCCAGGUGUGGAGUUCCUGAUGUGGGUUUCUAUGGCUUUACUCUGCCUGGAUGGAAAAAAAACAAACUGACAUACAGAAUUGUGAACUACACACCAGAUAUGAGCAAGGAGGAUGUGGAUAAAGCAAUUGAGAAGGCAUUUAAAGUGUGGAGCGCUGUCACCCCGCUGGUGUUCACUCGCAUUCAUAAGGGAAUAGCAGAUAUAAUGAUUGCUUUUGGGACCAAAGUUCAUGGACAUUGCCCUCGUUAUUUUGAUGGCCCCCUUGGAGUUCUUGCUCAUGCCUUUCCACCUGGCAAUGGUUUAGGCGGUGAUGUGCACUUUGAUGAGGAUGAAGACUGGACCACAGGCUCAGCUGGGUUCAACUUGUUCCUUGUUGCUGCUCACGAGUUUGGCCAUGCCCUGGGUCUCUCCCAUUCUAACGAUCAGAGGGCUCUCAUGUUUCCCAAUUAUGCCUACAUCAGCCCCAGUGAAUUUCCUCUCUCUCCAGAUGAUAUAAGUGCCAUUCAGUCCAUUUACGGAUCCCCACCAAGCACCCCAGAUAAAAGGCCAGCUACCCCUACCUCACCUAAAAUCUGUGGCUCCCAGAUGUCCUUUGAUGCUAUAACUACAUUCCGACAAGAAGUCAUUUUUCUAAAGGGCAGGCACUUAUGGCGGGUAUAUCCUGAUAACUCAGAAGCUGAGAGGGAAUUAAUUUCUGCCUUCUGGCCAAAUCUGACUCCUGGUAUUGAAGCUGCAUAUGAGAACACAAAAGAUCAGAUCCUACUUUUCAAAGGCAACAAAUUCUGGAUUAUCAGUGGAUAUCAGGUAUUGGUUGGCUAUCCAAAGAAUAUCAACACACUGGGCUUCCCUAAAGGUGUCAAGAAAGUUGAUGCAGCUGUUUGUAAUAAAAAUACAGGGAAGACAGACUUUUUCAUAGGUGACAAGUACUGGAGGUUUGAUGAAAACAACCAGACCAUGGAGAAGGGUUAUCCUAGACUGACAGUUGCUGAAUUUCCAGGAAUUACUCAGAGGGUUGAUGCUGUUUUUCAGCAGAAAGGAUUGUUCUACUUCUUCCAUGGAUCAAAACAGUGGGAAUUUGAUCUUAUUGCUAAAAAAGUUAUCAGAGAAAUGAAGAGUAACAGCUGGUUUAACUGUUAGUAUCAUUAAACUUUCUUACAUUCAGCAAAAGACAAUAAAUACCAUUCCAGAGAUCUCAUAAAUUGUUUGUAUGUACACUGCUCUAUAGAAUAGGCAACAGGACUAGUUUUCAUAAAUGCUUUUCAUGUAUUUUAAUAAAUUAACAUGUCAGCUCAAAUUUUAUUUUCAAAGACUAGAACAAAAUUGCAUUUUGCCCGUAAGUGGAAAUUGUACAAAAUAAUUUAUUACUUUAUUCUCCAGAUGAUUUGGGGAUUUUUUUAAUAUUAUGGCAAUAAACAGUUUUAGGUUGA